CGUGAGUGUCACCUUCCCCUCCAGCCCAGCGUUGGGAACCCUGAUGGGGCCAAAGAGCUACGUCCAGGUCCGGGUGGCCUCCUUCGCACUCAACCCCUUCAGGCAUCUAAACGGCAAGCCAAUUGGAAGUGUGGCUAGUGUGGCUCUGGCAGCCGAGGAGAAGGAAGCAGAGGAAGAUCACCCCCUCCGUGUCCAGGGCCUCGCAGAGGAGAUUGAGAUUGUGCUUGGUGGAGAGGCGGACGGCGGAGAGGCCUCUGCCCUGAGCAGUAGCAUGGCCGGGUUGGGCGCUGGGCUCUUCAGCCUGGCAGUGAACAUCACAUCGCUGGAAGAUGCCCUGCUGGUCUCCAUCCGGCCCCACGCUCCCCUGCAGAUUGCCCUCCACCUCUUGGGACCCCCAGGCUUCAAAGGAAACGGCAGUGGAAGCCUCCUCAACACCACGUUCACUGAGGGCCAACUGGAGGAGGAGGCUGCCUCAGUGUGGGUCGUUCCCCCAGAGAGCCUCCGCUAUGGCCUGGGCACCUACUUCAUCUCUGGAGAGGUUGCCCCUGCGGCAAAUGGCUCCUGGAACCUCUCGGUGGACAUUCUCAGCACUGGGUGCUACUACUGGGACAACCAGGACCAGGCCUGGAGGACCGACGGAUGCCGGGUGGGUCCCCAGAGCUCCUUGCUCCGCACCCAGUGCCUCUGCAACCACCUCAGCUUCUUUGGACGCUUCUCCCUGGUCCUGCCACAUGUGAUUGACCUCCGGCGAACGGGGCUCCUCCUGAGCAGAGUGGGUCAGAACCCAGCUGGAGUGGCCCUCCUCAGCAGCCUCUUGCUGGGCUACGCAGCCACCCUCCUCUGGGCUCGAUGGAGACAGAGGGCAGACGCCCAGAAGGUGAGGGUCCUGGCCCUGGCAGACAAUGACCCUGGUGCCCACUUCCUGUACUUGGUCCAGGUCUUCACCGGUUAUCGCUUUGGUGCAGGAACCUCCGCUCAGGUCAUCCUAACCCUUUAUGGGACUGAGGGACGGAGCCGCCCCCACCUGCUGUGGUGCUCAGAAGCCUCCAGUGGCCUUGAGCGCGGUGGGAUGGAUGCCUUCCUCCUGGCCACUCACAGGCCCCUGGGAGACCUCCAUGCCGUCCGCCUCUGGCACAAUGAGAAUGGAUCCAGUCCCAGCUGGUUUGUGCGCCGCCUGGUUGUCCAAGACCUGAGUUUGAGGAGGAGGUGGUACUUCCUGUGCAACUGCUGGUUGGCCUCAGACAUGGAUGACGGGCAAGUGGACAAGGUCUUUGUGGCUGCUUCACAGGAGGAGCUCCUGUCCCGCUGGCACCUCUUCUGGGCUGGGCUGGUGGGGAAGCUGACGCAGGAGCACCUAUGGCUCUCGGUGUUGACCUGCUCUGCUUGGAGCCCUUUCACCCGGGUCCAGCGCCUCUCCUGCUGCCUCGCCCUCCUCCUCUGCUCCAUGCUCAUCAACAUCAUGUUCUGGAAGGAACACCCAAGUGAUGACGAGUCCCCACCAGAGGCAGGGCCCUUUGUGGUGACAUGGAAGGAGCUGAUGGUCAGUGUGCAGGUUGCUGUCCUCAUGGUGCCGGUGAACCUGAUAGUUGUCCACAUCUUCAAGCUUGUCCACCCUACCCUUGGGCCCCAGCGUCCUCCCAGCACCAGGCCCCCCUGCCCUCCGCUACCCCCUUCACCAGUGGACCCACUCACACACCUGCAGCAGGAGCUGAUGGAGAUGUUGGGCUUCCUCCUCAAGAACGGCCUCUGGCAGCACAGAGAGGCAGGUGGCUUCCCAGGGGCCCUGCAGCAGGUGCCGGAGCUGGUGGCCAGCCUCUGUGCCCUCGUCCGGUCACACCUGCAAGCCUUGGAAGACCCAGGAGGACCCCCUCAGGAGAGGUACCGCAGCCUCCACAGCUACAUCUGCCUCAUGGUGAAGGUCCUGGAGGAGCAGCUCCGUGGCAUGGAAUGGCACAACCUUCCAAAGCCCUACGACUACCUCCAUGCAGCAGACCAGCUGCAUAAGCUCCGGAAGCACCUGGAGCAGCACCAGCCACCAUCCAACAUGACAGCCACCCUCUCCAUGGGGCCCAGCCAGCAAGGCAGCCCCGCAGCUGGAGACGCAAGCCAGGAGGUGCUGCUGGCGCCACCGCCAUCACUACCCUUCCUCGACUGCUCCCGCUGUCGCCUUCCCAGCCGCUGGGGCUUCCUCUGCUGGGGCCUGGUGGGCAUCCUCAGCCUGGCCUCUGCCUUCUUCACGGUGCUCUACAGCCUCCAGAUGAGCCGGGACAGGGCUGGCCGCUGGGCGCUCUCCGUCCUGCUCUCCGUGCUGCAGAACGUCCUCCUCAUGCAGCCACUCAAGGUGCUGGUCCUGACUGCUCUGUUCUCACUGAUGCGUAAGAAGCAGCUCUGGGAGGAUGAGGGACAAGAGCGUCGGCUGCACCAGGCGCUGGGUGCCCUCCUUGCAGAGAGACAACACUGUCAUCCAACCUCCCAGUACUGCGCCGGCCCUCCGCCCAGGCCCCCCGCUCUGAAGCCCACAGCAAGAGCCACGGAUCGGGCCCUGAGGGAAAAAAAGCUGCACUCCUGGCUCCGAGAGAUCGUGGGGCAGCUUGUCUUCCUGGCCGUCCUGAUGGCACUCAGCUACAUUGAGAGGGGACCUGAAGACUUCUACCUGAACGCUGCCCUCCAGAGGAGGCUGACCGCUGGGCUGUCCGAGGUCCAGACCACCAGGCAGUUCUACUUCUGGGCCUUGGAGACCCUGAUGCCRGCCAUCUAUGGCAAGGAGGAUGACUCUCAGGGAGCAGGAGGAGACCCAGCAGCAGGUUUGGCCAAGGAUGGAAAUUUGCUCCUGGUGGGCAGCGUGAGACUGCGGCAGAUCCGGGAGAAGAAGGGACCCCCUAACUCCUGGCUGCCUCUCUCCCUACGCAGGGAGAUGGGGGCCCCCUCUGCCCACUCUUGGGGCCCUCCCGGCCAGAAGAGGGAGGGGCAGGAGCAGAAGGGCCCCUGGGCAUUCCAGAGCGAGAGUACCUUGAGGGAGUACCCCGUCUGGGGCAGGUUUGCCCUCUACCCCGGAAGUGGGUAUGUGGCCCACCUGGGCACCAACGCAAGCCAUGCCCAGAGGGUCCUCAGGUAUCUGAAGCGGCAUCGCUGGCUUGACAGGGAAACACGAGCCAUCUUUGUGGAGCUAGUGGUCUAUAAUGUAAACGUGAACCUCUUCUGCUCCAUCACACUGAUCCUAGAGAACAAUGGAAUAGGGGCCUUGCAGAGCAAAGCAGAGCUGCGCCUUCUGCGCCUCCACGCCAGUGGCCGCACUCUAGUCCACUUAGCCUUUGCCCGGAUUGCCUUCCUCCUCCUCCUCCUGGGCCAGGUCUUUCUGCAGGGCCGUCGGAUGGUGCAGCAGAAGUGGGGCUACUUUGGCAGCAAGAAGAACCUGCUGGACGCCAGUGCCCUCCUGGUGGGCCUGGCUGCCUCCGGGCUACAAUUCAAGAGGGCCUUCCUGGCCCAGCAGGUCCUCACUCAAUAUCGCCAGAACCGCCACCGGUUCCUUAGCCUCUACGAAAUGGCUGAGGUGGACGCAGCAGUCACCUACCUGAUCGCCUUUCUGGUGGCCUUGGCUACCGUCAAGUUGUGGAACCUCCUGCGACUCAAUGCCCGGAUGCAGAUCAUCACACAGACACUGCAGGCUGCCUGGGAGGACCUCCUGGGCUUCCUCCUGGUCCUCUUGGUGCUCCUGGCAGGUUACUCCAUGGCGUGCAACAUCCUGUUUGGCUGGAGCAUCUCAGACUACAAGACCGUCUUGGACUCGGCAGUGACCAUUGUAGGCCUCCUGAUGGGUCUCUUUGACUAUCAAGAGGUUGUCGCUUUGGACCCUGUCCUGGGCUCCAUCCUGGUCGUCUCCAGCAUCUUCUCCAUGGUGUUUGUCACCAUCAACCUCUUAGUCUCGGUCCUCUUGAUAGUCUUUGGGCGGAAGAUGAAGGCUGCCAAGGCAGGUGCAACCCAGGGCUGUCAUGCAAGCACACCUCUACCAUGGGCUUCCUUCCCUUUGGGCUGCGCUCUGGAGAGCACUGCUUUCAGAAGCCAAAGAAAUAAUGGAGGGCCUUGGGAGGAGCUGCAGAGACACCCCUGGCAGCCAUGCCUGUCCAGCCCUGUGUCGGCAGCUGAGGGCUUGCUCUUCCCACCAGGGAGCCAAGACCCACUUAAGACGCCUCUCAAUGACUCCCAUGCACUGCAGCCAGAUCUCAGCCGAAGCUCAAGGUGCUCCCCUCUCUCCCUCCUCCACAGGCCAGCAAGGAGGAGUCGAUGCUGCAGCUGAUUCAGCUUAAAUUCUCGCUCCUCUUUGGCAUCAAACACCGGGUCCUGCCGGCCACUCCCAGGGAGGCCCAAGACUGAAACCAUGUUGUGGUCAACGGCCCUUUUCUGGUUGUGGACAGCCAGAGCACUCCCCCAUCCUUGUCCUCACACAGAAGAGAAACUGGACUUGGGGUUAAAACUUUGGGGGUCUCUAAGGUCACUGCUAUUGUUUUCUCAAUAAACAGAAA